AUGGUCACCAGAAAAGUAGCCAGACGACCGGCGAGGAGCCAACUGUGGCCGCUGCCACGUACCCAGCGUGCGCUAGCGCCCGACAGUACCGUGUUCAGAGACGCUUGUACCCAGCCUAAGGUUCAGCAUCAGCGGGCUAGGGGACGAACUGGGCUGGGAAUUCGGGCCUGGGCAGCACGUCCACGACGGCUGGUAGUUCGGUGGGUCAACGCGCGAGAGACGGAGUGCGUUGGUUUGGGUGCGGCGAGUUCGGCCACAGACAGAAUGCAUGUCCGCGGGAGGCGGGUUCCCCUUAUUUUACAAAACAAAGGCAGAAAUAAAAAUGAAGAAACUACAGCCACAACAGAGUAG